UAUUUCUUGCUUCUAUUGAGGAUAUGCAAACAUUAUUCCAAUCUUACUAAUGUUUGACUGAUACUUGUAAUUCCUAUGUGGCAAGUUGUAACGUGGCAGCUUUGAGUAUUUUUUCCAGAUUUGGAGUUGAAGACAUGGAUCAAAGUGCUCAGAGAAUCUAUAAAGCUGCCAUGGGUGCUCCAGAGGAUCAUUUGGUUAUAUUACUUGCCCAUAAUGGACCUACAGGUCUUGGAUCUAAUAUUGACGAUAUAUGUGGAAGGGAUUGGGUGUGUGGUGGUGGCGACCAUGGUGAUCCAGACUUAACUAAAGCCAUAUCCGAGUUAAAAGAGAAUGCCAAGUUCUGUCUACCACUGGUCAUAUUUGGCCACAUGCAUAAAGAGCUUGCAUACGGUAACGGUCUUAGGAAAAUGAUAGUGGUGGGCGAUGAUGGCAUUAUAUAUCUUAACGGGGCCAUCGUCCCUCGGGUCAGAAGUUUGACUAGUGAGCUGACUGGAAACACAAGUCUCAAUAGCGACGAGGCACCACGUUCCGAUGCGGGUUCCAUGCGAGCUUACACUACUGUUGACAUCUCAGAUGGAAGACUGACCAAGAUUGCAGAAUGUUGGGUAUCCGUUGUCGGCGAAACAACCAAGCUACAAGAGGAGCACGUACUUUUAAGUGUUGCAUAAUGUUUGACAUGUUAAAAGAGACUUCUUAUUUAUUCGCUGCCCUUUGGCUGGAAGUAUAUGCCCAGCUGUGAUUAGAUAAAAUAAACAGCCUUCCCCUGUUAAAGCUUCUGUUCUUUAAUCUAAUAUACCAUGGCCCUUAUUAGCUGCUUUGGUGCAGUUGAACAGGAAAUGUAUGAUCCAGAAACUAUGUCCCUUGAGCGCCUUGUAACCAUAUGAGAUCGAUGAAAGUUUUUUAAGUUGACCAAUC